UCAAAAUCUCCAUUCUUUUCCCCUUUUACAUACUGCUCAGCAUAUCACAAAAACAUUUUGAAUAAACAUGAAAUCUGCUCAUGGGAUCACUCUUCUUAUCCUGUAUCUGCUCUUUUCAGCUCACGUCUUAAAUUACAGUGAAUCUACCCUAGUAAAUGGGUCUUCGGAAAUGGUCCCAUUGGUGGACAAUAAGACGGUGGAGAUGAUGACGACGAUGAUGAUGUUCAACGAGAGCAGAAGAAAGCUGGGGAGUUUCCAGAUAUGUGCUGCUUGCACCUGCUGUGGUGGGGCUAAAGGUGCUUGCUUGCCCUCCCCUUGUUGCUAUGCCAUCAAUUGCAACAUUCCAAACAGGCCUUUUGGUUUCUGCUCUUUUACUCCCAAGACCUGCAAUUGCCUUCGAUGCCAUAUCUAGUUCUCAAGCUUUUAUCAUACCUAUAUUUCCUAAUUUUGGUUUAUUUUAAAAAAAGAAGAAGAAGAAAGAUUCUUGCUUCCGUUGGGAGUUUGAGGAUGAGAAUAUCUGUUCUUUUUUUACCAUUGUUUAAUAAUUUUAUUGGGAGGUUGCUGUUUCCAGGUUAGUUCUUUUGUCUAUAAUUUUUGUUUCUUCAAGGAAGUAGCAUUGCCUGGAAAUAGUCAUAUGCUAAGGAACAAUUGGCCUUGUUUAGUAUGACAAAGAUUCAAGGUGUCUAUUAUUUUACUGUUGCCGUUGUUUUACUUUUAUUGUUUAAUAUAAUUCACAUGUUUAAUGUAUUAGUAGGGUGUGUUACGCUGAAUCCAACUUGGAUCAAUGUAAGGAACUCUUAUUUUAGUAUCAAUUUGCUUUUGGAUAGUGUUUUGUUUAUUUUAAUCCUC